AUGCCUUUCGUGCUUGCUUUCAAAAGUUGCAUCUUGAAGGUAAGGAAUUUGGUCCUUAUUGCAAGCUGCAUAGAGCCUGGAAUCCUGUACAACGGAGGAACCCCGUUCCUCCCCCACGACGCAGGAGGCCGGAGACACUCCGUCUACCCGCCGACCUGCCUCCAGCCGACCCGACCCGCGGGAUCGCCAGCCCGAAGACGAACCCGACAGGGAACCGCGCGCAGAACCGACCCCGGAGCCCACCCGGGAACCCGAGGACCGAAGGAGGUCUCCAAGGAAGGACGCAGACGAAGAGCCCAGAAGAUUCCAGGAACCCAAGAAGGAAGAGGAGCCGAGGACCAGGUUCGGCAGGCCCAGCAAGCCCGCCGAGGAGCCCAAGGCGGAACCUGCGGGCAAGCGGCCGACGAAGACAGCUCCAGCCAACGAGCCUUACUCAGAGCCGCUGCGGUACCAGAAGGGCCAGAGCCGCACGCCGAGCCAGACGGCGCCGCCCCAGUCCGACGUCGACAAGAUCGUGAGUGCGUACGGCGUUGGGCCCACGGACGACAAGGGGAUGCCGCUGUUCGGGCUGAGGGCGCUGAAGAGACGCUCGCCCGCCGUCACCGAAACGCCGAAGGAGGAGGAACCAAAGUCAGAGGAGCCAAGGAGAGCCCCCGAAUCCGACGAGGAGCCCGAGCCUUCGUCAGAGGAGAAGCCCAAGAAGGACACGUUCGAGCCCACCGACGCGUCUGGGCGUCCACUCUUCGGUCUCCGCGCCCUCAAGAAGACCACGACGGAGACGACGAAGGAUACAUCCUCACGGGAUACUACGACAUCUGUUGUCGAGAGCAGUCGUCUUGUCUCCGGCAUCACGAAGCGAACCACGCAUACAACCGAAGAGGUCAGUGCCACGGAGUCACCGCGAGACUCUGACGGCUCAGAGUCCGAGCAAGACUCCCAAGCUGACAGCGACGAAGGGCAGUCGCCAGAUGAACACGACUCUGAUGAAGAGGAGACUUCGCCAGGGCUCGUGAAGAACCUGCGUGACUCCUUCAAGAAGAAGACAGACGCCCCAGAAGACCCCAGGUCCCCGGGGAAAGGCCUCGCCGCGAAACAAGGACGCUCCUGACGAAGAGGUCAUCACCAAGAGGUCACAGCCUCUUAAGGAAAUCCUGAAGUUGCACGAAUCAAAAGUGCAAGAACCGACAUCAGCAGAGGAGUCGCCUCGGCCAAAGCCAAAGCAGAAAUUGCGUGACAACUUCGAAGCAACAGUUGAACAGCAGGAGACUCGAGUGCACAAGACCUGGGACCUGGAGAGUGACCUGAGCACGAGGUCGCUCAACAUGAGGAAUAUCAUCGAGCGACACGAAACGAUCACGGCGGAGGAAGCGCCGAAACCGGAGAAGAAGUUGACUGGCAUCCUCAAGAAGACAUCCAGUUCCAACAUCCUUAUUACAGAUACACGGGCAGAAAAGACCACGCACGCCGAGUCCGCUGACGACAUCUUGGACACCCUGACGGAGGACCAGAUCGCCAAGCUCUCAGAGGAGUUCGACCUGCGAGCUCAAGAAGACGGGGUCAUCAAAACAAGGGAAUCAAUGGAGGAGCUAAGUACAGGAUACCGGGUUACCAGCACGACAGAAGUUGACCAUCCCGAAGGAGCCAAGUUCGAGAGGAAAACGUCCUACACUGA